CUCCCACCUAGAAACCUACGUCCCCACCAUGGAAAGACGUGUGGAUCCAGAAUUGUCCUCCACAGCCACUUACGGACUCACUUUUAAAAGUGUUCAUGGAAGACAAUCUUACUUGACUAGAGCAAUCGCCAAAGAAGACUUUAGUUCCUGAAUCUCCUACACAUAUUGAUAGUUUGCUCAGCUUAACAGAUACUUUGCCAGACUGUAUUUGCAGGGAGGUGUAAGCCCCUACAGCCCAAGGACAAUUGGAAAGCUUUUCCCAUUUUCCUUCCUCCUUGCAGAGAAAUAUUUGAGGUCUAUUUAGGAAGAGUCAAAAUGGCUUCAGGAUUGCUCUCCUGUACUAUUUUCAGACCAUGUGGUUUAUAUACUUAUGUGCCUGCCUUGUACAUUCAUGAAGAUUUAUUCUAUAUCUGAGACCUCAGAAUUCUGUUUAACACUAGUAAGUCCGUUUCCCAUACAAUUUGACACCAACGGUCCAUGUUUACACCUGACAGGUGUCUCCAAUGUCUAUAUGAGGCUAUAAGGCUCCUGAAGAGUCAGGUGGGUUAUAAUAAUUGCUCUGUAUAAUGUUAAUGGAGUCAUGAUUAUCUUGGAAAGCGGCGCCAGUUCUGGGGGUGACUUCUAAUACCUAAAACUUUCAGAAGGAAAAGGGAGAAGAGCCUCAAGCGUGAGCAACAACUCGAAACAAACGAACGUGAGUUUCGGGCAGCGGCGGCGGCACCACGAGGCGCUGAGGCCGCUCCCCGCCGGCCUCCCCUCACAACAAUAAUAUCCGGCCCAGCCAGCAGCCGAGCUCGCUUCCAUUGGCUCCCCCGGAGAGGGCCGGAAACAACCCGGUCAGGACUGGGCCGCGGCGGCGGCGGCGGCGCCUCUCCUGAGGAAGGCGGCGGAGGCUUUGUUUGCGACGACGGCGAGAGGCCGCCCGACAGCCAGCAUGGGCGAGCAGCUGCAGGGCGCCGCGAGGCGGGACAGCCCCGGCUGGGGGAGCAACGGUGGGUCGAGGGCGGGACGGGGACGGCGGUGCCGGCCUCUUGGGUGUCUUACUUGGGAGAAAGUUCCGUUGAACAGCGCGGGUUUGUUUUGGUUUUUUACUCCCGCGUAAAACAAGUGAGCAACGGCGGCGACGGGUGUGGGCACUUUGGGGAUGCGAGAGAGGUGGCAGGGAAGAGAUGGGGGCUGCUCCUCGUUUGCUCCGGCUUCUUCUCAAGUGAGCCGAGUCCCCGUAGCUCACUUUUUGCAGGUUGCAACUCGUAAAGUUUGCUUUCUUGGGGAGUAAAUAAAUCCCACGGGGUUCCCCUGUUGAUCAUGCUCAGGAUAGGCCCUUUUUAAUUUUCAUGAAUGGGCCGGAGUUAGCCGUGGGUUGCAGCCAAUGCUAGCCUUUGCUCAAAAGGUUAAAAUAAAUAUGCACGACUAAUUUCGGCCCUUUAAUUUUCAACGGGUCGCCGCUGAGUUGAGUUCCGAGUGUGAUGCAGCCCGGUGAGGUCACCUGGGCGUUGCUUCUGAGUAAACCUGCUCCGGGAUCACGUUGCGACUCUGCGGGAAGCUUUUUUUAAAAAAAUGCUUCCGGUUAGAGCGAAUUUGUGCUUUUAAAGGGGGUUCAAAAUCAACAAAAUGUUGGGUGUCUGUGGGUUUUGUCCUUCACGUCAUCGUGGAGAGGCCUGAGUGGGUACCGUCUAAAAACUAACUAGAGAAACAUUGGUUUAUUUGUCACUGUGUAAAAGCUCUGUUGGCUAGAAGUGCCACUUCAGAUUUGUGAAAUGGUUUAAUUUAAUAAUGUGAUCAUUUUAAGCCGCCUCCUUUGGGGCCCAUACCUAAGGCUUAGAGAGAGCUCAUAAUAAUAAACAUAACCAAUGCCCUUUUAAAAUGUGCUGGGGAAGGGGGAUUCUUGGGUUGGUCUUUUUAUUAUGUAUUUUGUGUUUUUAUCUUGUAAACCACCCUGAGUCCUGUAGGUAUAGGGUGGUAUACAAAUUUAAUGAUUAAUAAUAACAAUAAGAUAUGGUAUUGAUAGCAUUAAUAGGAGUGAUAUUAAUGUUAAUUUAAUGGAUGACUCCCGCUCGCUGCUUUGGCUUCCUCUUUAGCCCCGUGCAGCCUCUCCCUGCCGGAGGGGUUGCACGCGGCUAUGGCACAAGCCAAGGCAGUGAGCAGGAUGGAUCCCGCUCGCUGCUUUGGCUGUGGCACAAGCCUCCAUUCGCUCCAUAGGACGCACACACAUUUCCCCUCAAUUUUUGGAGGGGAAAAACUGCGUCCAAUAGAGCGAAAAAUACGGUAUAUUGUACAUGGGAACAUGGCACACUUCAUUCCCAACACCACCCCUCCCUCCAUGGUGGAUCAUCUAGUGAAGUGCAGCCCCCUGCAAUUCAGGCAUAUGCAGCUGUCCAGCCGUCCACACCUGAAACCUUGGCAUCAGCACCAUGCUUUAACCAACUAAGCUUGGGAGCUACCGGUAAUUUGUUAACCUUUCCCCCCUUUUCUUUUUGCAGAGGUUUUCCUUCUUGACUCACAGUAUGUAGCACCAACUGUUGCCUUUCUGCAAGAACUACCCAGUUACCAGUCUAUGUUGAGGAGGAGAACUUCAGUGGGAGGAUUGCGGGACUACCGCAGUUUAGCACGGACAGCUUCUGGCGAGACCAGCAGUCUCCUAGAAAGGGUUGGACCAGGAAGCCCAGGCUCUGCACAGCCGCUGAGAGAAUAUGCCUUAACUAUUGCAGAGAAGAGAAGAUUAAGGUUAGAGAGAGAAACUCUUUGAGCUGUAUAGUAUUUGUGGUAGUGGGAUCCAUUUCUGGGUAAAAAUUGCUUCUGGGAAAUGGAUUUUAUUAAUUUCUAAAAUUGUUUUUAAAUGGCAGUAAGUCAUUUUGCCUCCACCAUGCUCCUAAGCAUUAGUCCAUGUUCAAGGAAGUUAGGUUAAGAUGACGUAAGUAAAAGAAUCCAAAUCUUUGUGUUAAGAUGAAAAAUUAAUUCCAAAAGUAUAACCCUCCCCCUUCAGUUUAUGAUAUAGGCAAUGGCCAUUCGCAGUUCUCACUCAUGGUCCAACAGGCAUGGAAAUUGUAAGCUAAGGGAUUUUUAACUUUAUAUGUUAUAUUGUAAACUGCUUUGGGAUGCAUCAUGUGCAGUUGUUAUUAUUAUUAUUAUUAUUUUAAUAAUCCUGCAUUUUCACCAGUUCUAAAAUGAAACCCCCAAUGUCAUAUUAUUUCGUUUUACCUUACUAGGGAAAUUCAGGUGGCUAACAUAAGAUACCUGUCAGGUUGGCAUCAGUGGAGGCAGAUAAGUAGCAAAUCAUGGAAAAAAAUUGUAGAGGAUACCAGAGAACUGUCAUCUUACUUUGAACUUUGGGGACAUGACAUCCGCAGUAUUGAGGGUAUGUUCUUUAUUCAUUUGUAUGCUGCUUGAUUUUGCUCCUUAUUUUCAUUGUCUUUUUCACAUCUUUUAUUCAGUUAUUCAGUGGAUUUAUAAACUGGUUGACUGAGAAGCUCUCCACAAAGAAAUUGCACAAAUAAAAUUGUAAAUAAGACACAGCUAAAAUCCACAAACAAAUUAAACAUAAAAAUACAAAAAACCCUCUAGGUUAGAUUACUGCAAUGUGUUAUUUACUGAGGCUGCCUUUGAAGACAGUGCAGAAACAGCAGCUUCUGCAUAACAUACAACACACAUACAACACACGUUUCUCUCCCGAUUCCUUCCCUUUUCAGCUCUCUGCCAUUACAGUAACUAACUUGGCUUAAAACAGUAACACCAAAAGUACAAUGCAUUUAAAUAAGCCAGUUUUAAAAAGAAUGCACUAAACGUUCACAGACAGACAAAUCUGUCACAAGUCACCCACCCCACAACUGCAGGAUGAGGCAACUGUUCAGAUCUUCAGGUGAUGAGCUGAGCCUUGAAAAGAAGAUGUGAGAGUAAAUGUCAUUGCUUCAACUUCCUCCUUUAUCUCUGUGUACUUUCGAAGUGGUGGGUGGAGGGAAGAUAACCAGCCACCCUCAGAAUCUCAUGAUGGAGGGAACAGUGAGGGGGGCAAAUGCUUGGGGAAAACAAAAGUGUCUUUGCCUGGCAAAGGAAAGAUUCCAGUGAUGGAGACAGACAUGGCAACUUUGGAAGAGUGUUCCACAGCUGAGUGGGCUACCACUGAAGAGGUUUAGCAUGUUGUCCAAACCUGGGAUUGUGCUUAAAGUUUCUCCUGAUUGACCAUGAUCUGUCACCAAAGUUUGUCGUUAAGGAGCAAAGAUCUUGACCACAAUUCCAGGUUUGGACAAUAUCAUAAGCCAAACCUUAGGUGCUGUGCUGAGCUAAAAAGCCUGUGAAGGAACCAAGUGGUUAUAAUCUGCUCCUUGGGAGGCAGUACAUUCACACUAAGCCAUGUACAAUGGCUUGGCUUGGUUUGGCUUAGUAUUAUGUGCAAACUGAGGCCAUUCAAAGGGCCCACCUUUCUUCCACUAUGGAACUUGAGGCAGGGUACUUGGGGGUCUUCCGACCAGGCCCAGACCUUUUCCUUCAGCAAGGUGGCUGCAUCAUGUGCAUCCACUGUUUUACAUUAACAGUAAAUGUGUUCAUUCAUAAAUUAAAUCUUUCUUUUCAUAGGGAAGUUUGGCACUGGGAUCCAGUCUUACUUUUCCUUUCUACGAUUCCUCGUGAUCCUGAACGUUGUGAUCUUUCUCCUUGUGUUCACCUUUAUCACCCUUCCUAGUGCCUUUUACAAACAUGGAACGGUCAAUGGCAGCUACGUUCAACUUCCCCUGAAGAGCAUAGGUAAUACACUCUUCCUACUAACCUGUUUUCUGUUCGCAAGUACAGACAUAGCAGACGAGCAUUUGGCUGUUUUCACUCCUCCUGUUCCAUUUAUUUUCUUUUGAUCUCUUAUCUACAGAGCACCACUGCACAGUUUAUGUUGUCAGUGGUACCAAGGGACUUAUUUACUUCUACAGUUACGUUAUAGAUCUGCUGACUGGCACAGUAAGUAUUUGGACAUAUAUUGCUAAAUCCAAAGAAGCAGAUUAAAAAAACAAAACAAACGGGGAGGGUUUCAUUUGGCGGUAGAAAGCCCCCUCCCUCCACCUUCUGGGCAAAAUGGUGAGGCUGCAUUGGGCAGGGUAAAUCUCUAAAGUUAAGUUCUUCAGAGUAGAGACUCUCAGGUUGUGUACACGCUGUGCAGUUAAAGUCAAUUCACCCCCUCAAUGAAUCCUGGGAACUGUAAUUUUGUUAAGGGUGCUGGGAAUUUUAGCUCGGCAAGGUGUAAACUGCCAUUCUCAGGAUUCUUUGGGGGGUUGGGGGGGAAAUGUGCUUUAAAUGUAUGGUGUGUAUGUAGCUUUACAAUGUCAUGCAAGCACUGGCCCAUUGCUUCCUGUUAAACCAGCUUUGAUCCGUCGCCUUAUAUUUUGGCUUCCUUAGAACACAUUAAACAUAGUUCCCUUUGACAGGUAAAGAUUUAUCCCAUUCAGUGCAGCCUUGCCGCUUGCUUGCUCACUCGUGCAGAGCCACUGCUUGCAGGUGCCUGAAGCCUGUGCAUGUAUUGGUUUAUUAAGUAGAUACUUGUUUUUCCGAAUGCGUCCAUAAUGUGCAUGUGACAUACAUUACUGAAUGCAGAACUUUGCAUCCUGAGAACCCCUGCUUUAAUUUUAAGUUUCUUGUCCUUCUAGCUGUAGCACUGUAAAACUGGUGUACAGUGGUACCUCUGGUUACGUACUUAAUUCGUUCCGGAGGUCUGUUCUUAACCUGAAACUGUUCUUAACCUGAAGCACCACUUUAGCUAACGGGGCCUCCUGCUGCUGCCGUGCCGCAACUGCGUGAUUUCUGUUCUCAUCCUGAAGCAAAGUUCUUAACCCGAGGUACUAAUUCUGGGUUAGCGGAGGCUGUAACCUGAAGCAUAUGUAACCUGAAGCGUCUGUAACCUGAGGUACCACUGUAUUUAAUUUUUACAUUAAAAAAAAUUACUUCAAUGGAAGAGUUUUCCUCCAAAGACCUUAGGGCAGUGUAUAUGGUUCCUGCCUCUCUUCCCUUUAUAGACAGCUGUACUACGUAGGAUGGCAUCCAAUGAAGUAGUUUCCUUAAUGCAAGGACCUCGGACUGUGCAAUGGAACUUCUCCCUCCCUCUACUUGGCCUCCCCCCCCCCCCCGUGUUCCUCUUAAAUCUGUGCUGGGGAUCUCCCCAGCCCUCCAAGGAGGGCAUAUGGGGAGUUUGAGGAGAGGAAGGGGAAGUUCUGUUGUUCAAAUGGAAAUGCUUGUGCCAAUUGAGCUACUUCAUUGGAUACCACCCUUUGGGGCUCUUCCAGUUUAUCUUGAUUUACACAGUUGAAGGCUUUUCCUUAUAGGUAAAGAGCUUUAUUGGGGGUGCAACACCAUUUGUUGUCAAAUAGUUGCUUUUGGCACUUGGCAAAGACUCCAGAGCAUGUCUGUAAACCGUUGUGUGCUUCUAUGUAGUAACUUUCUUCUGUGCUAAAUUCUUGCAGGGCUUUCUGGAAAUGACUAGUCUCUUUUAUGGCUAUUACACAGUAGAUACCAUCUAUUUUGGCUUCCUGAAAUACCAUGUGCCGCUUGCCUAUUUGCUGACCACGCUGGGUUACCUUUCAUUAAGCUUUCUCUGGAUCGUGAAAAGGUAAAGUUAGCUUGAAGUGUGCGCUGUGAUGGCCCAUUUGGGUCUUUUCCCUGCAUUUCUCUUAUUUUUUCAUGAUCUUUUCUCCUGUCACUAUGGUUAAUGUUCAACAUACUUUAGUUAUCCUUUAUUUAGUUAUCCUUUAUUUAUGCCGCAGGCACAAUUCCUUUAAAAAAAAAAACCUUAGAGAGAUUUGAGGAGGUCCUUGCUCUGCCAGUCUGGUCAGGAAGGUGGGCAGCCAUUCCCUCUGGAGAAGCAGCAGUGCUAAAGGCCCCAGGAGGAAGUGCCAUCUGAUAGGUCAGGAAUUCCCUUCACUCCCACCCCAGAGACUCUCUUGCUUGAUAAACUGGGCUGAAAAUGAUGCGGGUAAUAAAACAGGCAAGGAGCUUCCCUGUGUUGUCUAGUAGUGCCUUUUGUAGGUUUGCAAAGGUCUCUUCUGCUUGAGUUCAACGGGACUUGCUUCCUAGUGAGAAUCUGUAGAGUUGCACUCAGGGUCAGCCCACCCUUGAGACAAAAUGAGGUGACUGCCUCAGGGAUCAGGAUCCACAGGGGCAGCUCCUGAUGUGGAUCUUCACUCACCCCCUUCUCUCGUGGUGAAGGGGGGAAACAUUUUGUGGGUACUCUCAGGGGCUGGCCCUGAUUGCAAUCAUGGCUUACUUCAUGGCAAGUAAGAGCUUUGCCUCGUAAUCAGUAAAUCCUUUUGUAGAAACUGGUGCUGGAUUGUAUCACUAGAGACUGCUGGGGGGUGGGUACCAAAUAUUUCAGUGCUCCCCAGCUUAAAAAAAACCUGCAUACCUGCUUUCUCCCUGACAUUCUCAAGAUGCACAUCUUUACACUUGGUGUAUAUUUGGACCCACCCUAUUCUUCCUAUCGUAAUUCAUUAAAACUGUUUUCAGUGUUGUAUUUUUAAUUGUUGUGACCCACCCUGGAACCUUGGGGUGAAGGGUGGGGAAUAUGUCAAAUUGAUAAUAAUUCUAGGGAGUGUUUAUAGAUAGGUAGAUAGACAUUUAGAAAUAUUUUGUUUUCAGCUGAAGCUAUACAGUAGAGCAACAGGAAAACCAUGAAAUGCUUUUUGUCUGUUUCAUCCCCUAAUGGUGUAAUCCUAUGCAGAGUUACUUUGGAGGAAAUUCAAAUGAAUUAAGCAGCACUUAAUUCUGAGUGUCCAUGGGUAGGAUCUGGCUGUGAAUGAGUAUACUCUUCCAUGUACUUGUACAAAUGGGAAAAUCUUUAAGUUGCUAAUCAAGCAUUUCAUUUUUGGGGGAUGCUUUUUCCAGAUCUGUCGAUGGAUUCAAACAAAGCUUGGUACGCAACGACGAUCAGUUUCAGAGUUACUGCAACAAAAUAUUUGCUGGCUGGGAUUUCUGUAUUACGGAUGUAAAUGCUGCACGGCUCAAGCAUAGCAGCUUGCACUAUGAGCUUAAAGUGAGUGUACCAUUCCGUCUCUUUAUAAUGCUCAGCCUGUGACUUGCCAUUGCAAAUGUACCCCAAACAGUACUACCUAAACACCAGAGGGAGGCAGCAGCAGGUCUGGGGAACUCCCAAGGUUUGCAGAAUUGCAAAAAAAGGGGGAAAUACUUUUAGGGAGGGUAGGGGGCAAAACAGACCAGUGGAGAAUGCUCAGUGACCAUGGAAUGCUGUCUGACUUGUGGGUGGGAAACCAGGUGUGGGUGGAACAAAUGAAAUGGAGUGGCCAGAAUCUUGAGCAGCAGAACUCUAUAUUGCAAUUUUUUCCUGCAGGGGGCUUGUGUGUAUCUCUCCCUCCCCCCAAAAAAACACCACCCAUGCUUCAUGCAUUGAAGGGAGUUGGACUAGAUGACUCUCGUGGUCCCUGCCUACAAUUCUAUAAUUAUAUGAUCUAUGUCAAACUGGGCUAUGUGUCAUAAUACACAUAAUACCUCAAUUAAAGUGAGAGAGAAAUCUAAAUAAAUAGUGGUGAGUGAAUCAUAGCAUAAACAACAUGUAAGAAAAAUUGAGAAACUACUCUUACUGUGCAAGCCUGUCUGAGCCUUCCGUGUUCAGUGGGGCUUACUCCCAGGAAAGUGGGUGUAGAAUAAAUAGCAAUAUAGCAGAGGUGGAUGAGAGGCUUCAGCAGAAUGUCUCCGGCAUCACAUUUGGCUGCUUUGCCACCAACAGAAGAGUUAAAUGCUGUUUUUAAUUCUGAAUUUAAAAUUGUUGUAAGCUGCCCUGAAACUUUGCUCAUGAAGGGUAGGUAAUAUGUUUAGUCAUAAGAAUAAUAAAGAAUGUUGUUAAUCUGUUGUUAGCCUCCUUAGGGAUCAUUUGACAAAAGUUGGGGUUUAGUUUUAAAAAAUAACAUUGGUAAAUGAAUUUCUGUUUACAGACUGACUUGGAGGAAGAGAGACUAAGGCAGAAGGUUGCAGAAAGGACCACCAGAGAGAAAAUACGCAUCUAUUGCUUGAGAAUAUUCCUAAACUGCGUUGUCCUAGCUGUUUUGUCAGCUUGCUUUUAUUCUAUCUAUAGAGCAACAGUCUACUCACAAGAAAACAUUUCCAAUGUAAGUGGCAUGGCAGAUUUUUAUAAACAAAUCUCUCCAGGCAGGGCAAGCAAUGGGAAUAACUGUCGCCAUUUCCAAGGAGUUGUAAUUUCACUACAAAUAUGGUGCCUCCCUGGAGAAUUUAUCAGAAUGUCCAGUUUAAACUCUGAAAAGCCGUUAUUAGCAGUAGAACAGUUGUGGAGAGGAACGAAGAUGCCAGAAAGGGAGGCUGAUGAGCUUAGGAAUUGUGCACCUUCCCACGCAAGCAAGAGGCAGACACUUUGGGGAACUUAAAAGUACAUUCAUGGGAGUUUUGCAGCUGGUGUCUUGUGUGCAGAUACGGGGAUGCUAUCAGCUAGAGAGAAGUACACAGCAGAGGGAAUAGCUGACAAAACUAAAGAAUCAGGGACCAAGUGUAUUUCCAUCUGCUGGGAAAGAAGCUGUAGUUGCUACUGUAAGAUCAGGUCAGCAGGAAACAGGUCUUGACGAGUUGCAAGUUGAAAGUUUCUGUGCUCUGCCUCCAUGUUUUGAGACAGUAAUACUUCUGAAUACCAGCUGCUGGAAGCCACAGGAGGAGAGAGGGCUCUUGUGCUUGGGUUCUGCUUGCUGGUUUCCCACGGGCAUCUGCUUGGACACAAUGGGUGUGAGAACAGGAUGCUGGACUAGAUUGGCAAUUAGCCCAUCUUAUGUUCUUAUGAGUUCUGCAACUAACCAGAGAAACGACUCCUCCCUUUGCUUUUGCUUUCUUUCUCUCUAUGCAGGACCACAAACAGAGAUUUGACGAUAACCUCAUAGUACAGUACUUACCGUCUAUGGUGAUUACGAUGGCCAACUUUAUUGCCCCAUUAAUUUUUUCAGUUCUCAUCAAAUUUGAAGACUACUCGCCAGCCUUUGAAAUCCGGUUAACGCUGAUGAGGUAAGCACCCGCGCUGCUCGAUUCCGUAAUACAAUAUCGAAAUAGAACCUUUUUCCAACUCUGUGCACCUGCCGCCACCUAUUCUGGUGUUCUUAGGUCUGGUAGCGCCUUGUGGCUGGUUGGGCUUCUCUAAUUGUGUGUUGCCAAAUGGUCACUCUUUGUGCUUCUAGGUUCAUAGCUGCUUCCAAAAUUGAGUUGGGUGACCAAGCGUCAUGCCACACCCUGAUGACAACUUGCAGGAAUAGAAAUAAUAGAGUUAUCUCUGCUGCUCUGGGCAAGUGAGAGAGCAGAACACUUUGGCAUGUUGACUCCUCACUUCUAAGAGAUCAUGGCAGCAGCUUUAAAACCAUGGAUUGGCUGUGGGGAAAGGAAGAGAGGUGGAUCAAGGGCCCAGUAGGCGGGGAGAUUCUACGAGUUUCCAUCAUGGAUUGAAACUGAUGAAAUGGGAGGGAGGGAUCCGUCCCUAAGCAUUCUGUGCAGAAUCACCUUAGCCAGUUGGCUCCCUCUCCUUGACCUUUUGCAUUAGAAUGCCUAAAGCUGCAUAUUUUAACUCAUGGAUAUCUUUUGCUUUUUUGUAAUCAAGCCCCUGGUAUUGCAAAAUCCCCAUAGUAUAAAAAUUGGACAAUUCAUUGGUGUGUUCCUUCCAUUUUGUUUUGAAGGUGUGUCUUUGUGAGGCUGGCCAACAUUGGUGUUCUCUUGUUCUCACUGUGGACUCGAAUCAGGUCCUGUACUAAUGCAAAAUGCAUGGCCUGUGGAUACAACUAUCAGCUCUACCCUGUAAGUAGAUAUACAUGUGAACUAAAAUUGAGAUGUGUGAAACAAGGUCUCCCUUUCCAUUGACUGUCCUUAAACCCCUCUUGGAACCAAAGGAACCCUGGCAGAAACUGCUCACCAAAGUGAAAAUCUUUACAGCUGUACUUGCCCACAUUCGGUUUCCAGUAGCUUUGUGAAUUUUGUUUUAGUGAGAUGACAAUGCAGUGGUGUUUUAUGAUAAUCUUAAAACAUAAUAAUCAGCUGAAUUAAUUUUGAUAAACCCUUUUCUUUUCCUUUCAGUGCUGGGAAUCUCGAGUUGGCCAGGAAAUGUAUAAGCUGAUGAUCUUUGACUUCAUCAUAAUAUUUGCUAUUACAGUCUUUAUUGACUUUCCAAGAAAGUGAGUAUAAACUUCAGUGAAGAGGUAUUUCCUUUCUUUACAGUUGAAACACAAUUUAAGACCAAGACAACAAUGCCCAUUUACACCACAAAGAACUCAUAACCCACCUACUUUCAGCAGCCAGAAACACCAUAACCAGACACUGGAGAGACCUGUCAGGAGUAAGCAUGGACCAAUGGUACCAAAUAGUAUGGGAAACAGCCCUACUAGAAAAAUUAACUAAUAAACUGAAACUGACACAGGGACAAACAGAAGAAGACGCCUUCACCCCGGUAUGGCUCCCCUUUAUCACAUACACAGCCCAACAAGACAAUGACAAUAAUCCACCAACAGCAUACAAAUCAAUAUGUCUAACCUUAUCCAAAACACCCACUCACCUCACUCACACACGAAAACAAAGAUCACUACAGCCAAUCACACCCUAGGCCAACCCCAACCUCUCUCACCACCAAAGGAACACAAGUAACGCUGACACCAAACUCUACAUACAUUAAGCAUAAUAGAAACAUCGCCACCCGACCCCACCCCCAUCCAUCUUCCCUCCCCCUUUCUUUUUCCUUCCUUUCUUUUUUUUUUCCUUCUCCCCCUAAUGCCUCAACAAAUGAAAUGGAUUUGUAAAAAUGUUACAUGGAAAAAAAAACCGAGGCAUUACACUUACUUCUGUAAAACAAGAAAAUCCUUAAUAAAAAUAUUAGGGGGAAAAACAAAAACACAAUUUAAGACCAAAAGUAACCACUUUCAGUUUUGUUUUGUUUUAAAAAAUGCUGUUUCCUGUAAUGUCUAAACUUGGGUAUCUGUUCGUUUGUGAGAAAUGCUGUGCUAGCAAGAAAAGCCAGAAUCAUAACGGUCACUUCAGGUCCUUGCUUGUUGUGAAACCAUUGCUACUUUAAGCAAACCACGGUUGCCUGAGUUUGAACAUCACAGGGAAUUGCAGUUAGUGGAUACCUCUAAUCUCCUGGUGGGCAUGAAAGAAGGGGAGGGGUCUGGGAACCAUAGGCUCCCAAGGCUUUACUGCAUCUCAUUUGUAGAGAAACCAUGGUAUCCUGUUCUGCCUAACUUAGUCCAAAAUACUUAAGCUUCCCCUUGUGAAUCCUUUAUUAAAAGAUGAAGUACAAAAGUAAGAGAUUUUUGAAAAUAUUAAGCGGUAUUUAAGCAAAUAACUGAGCCACAAACCAUAGAUAAACCUUGGUUAGUUUGGAUGGAGCUAAACCAUGAGCCUCAGUUUGGCUGACAUGCUAUGCUAAACCCUGGCUUAGCUCAUCAUGCUGUGUAGCAGCAGGACAACCUAGGAGGAGGAGUAAUGGGACCAUGAACUUCACUCUUGGAACUUGCACGUUCAUGCUAAGUGUGUAUGAACUUGGGACAAUAUUUUUUUGGGGGGGGGGGGGACAGCCUCAAAUCUCAUCAUGGCAAUAAGGGUGCCACGGGUUAGGUUCAAGAGCAAACUCGGAAAUAAUUUUUCAUUUGUUUCCAAUCUGGCAACAUUUGCUCAACCCCACAUUUCUGCACCAUGCACUACCUGGCUAGCUAUGAAUGCAGUUAUGUUUCUGAUAUUUUAUUUCUAUAAAUGAUGAAAAGGUUCAUUUAGUUUUAUUGCUGGACUGUAAAGUAGGGCUUUUUUAUUACUGUUCCUAGGUUGAUGGUUACCUAUUGCUCAUACAAGGCCUUCCGGUGGUGUGGUCUGCAGGAGUUUGCCAUCCCUGACAACGUACUGGAAAUUGUUUACGGGCAAACUAUCUGUUGGAUUGGGACUUUCUAUUGUCCUCUUCUCCCUGCCAUCGCAGCAGUAAAAUAUUUUGUCGUCUUUUACAUUAAAAAGGUACCUGGUCUUUUUAAUGCUGACUGUUGCCUAGGUGUAUCUGUAACUACAGUUUUAAAAAUUUCCACCCUGCACCGGACUUGUAAAGGGAGGAGUUGCAGAACAACAAUUUUUGCUCUUGUGCAAAUUCCUUACUUGUUUCUCUUCAGUCAGGUACAGAGGGGGGUGGAGCCCUUUGCAUGUUAAUUGUAUUACAAUUUGAAUUCUGUGCAGUACAAUAAAAUACAACAGAAGAAAGAAAAGGAAAAUGCAAUUAAAAAGCAUACGGCAUCUAGCGCAGUGCAUUACAAUGACCACAUUGAGGCUGUCAGAAAUUUUAAGUCUGGGGAAAGAUGUCUGGGGACCACAGGAAUAGAGGUUAGAAUAGGAAUCCACAACUGGACGUUGCUGGGUAAAAUCUGGCCCUUCAGGGUUAGGCCUGAGCCUCACUUGCUAGCCCAGAUAGGUGAACCAGCAAGAAGGUGCUGGUUCAAAUGACAUUGGGAGUUACUGACAGGUGAUUGGUGUGUGGGUGUGGCCUUCCUGCUAUGCAAAGCUAGUUCCUCUCCAGGAGCCCAAACUCCUGGCACCUGGGCUGAGCUCUUCUCUUCUCUCCAGAUUAGUCUAAUGCAUACAUGCAAGCCUUCAACGCGGCCCUUCAGAGCGUCCAGCUCCAACUUUUUCUUCCUGGUGGUGCUCUUGAUUGGCCUCAUUCUAGCUUUCAUUCCGUUGGGACUCAGCAUGACGCAGUAAGUAGUCCUUUUAAUACAGCUUUGCCUCUCUGUUACUGUGUAGCUGGGAGGGGAAAUGGGUCUAUCCAAGUCCACUUAUGUGCCAAUGUUCAAAAUCAUAAGUUGUGAUGACAGCUUAUUUCACUGUAGAAAUGGUCAGGGGAAAGUACACGCGAGCUAAAAAGCCUUGGAAAAUAAAAAGGAAUUUUCCUAGUGCUUAACAAACAUUUUUAUAGGUGUCAUAUAAGCCUUUCUGGGGGCAUGGGAGAGUUUCCCAAGCAGAAAGGCUCUCCCCUGUCUCAUUUCAGAGUGUGGGGGCACAUCUGCCUUCUGAAUGGGGGCUCCUGCUAUCAGAGGACACUGGAGUAGGGCUUCAUUAUGAAUCAACCUAGACCCCUCUAUCAUCGUUUCCAUGUGCCCCCCUCUAUGGGAGGUCGGGAGGAUGGCAACACAAGAAUGGGCCUUCUCAGUGGUGGCUCCCUGCUUGUGGAAUGCUCUCCCCAGGGAGGCUCACCUGGUACCAUCAUUAAUUUCCUUAAGUCACCAGGCAAAAGCAUUCCUUUUCUGACAGGCCUUUUGCUUUUAAUUAUUUGUGGCCUUCUUCAGCGGGUGGGAUGUUUUAGUUCUGUCUUUUAAAAAUAUGAUCAAGUUUUAUAUUGUUUUAGUUUCAUGCUGGUUUUAAUGUAUCCGUUACUUCGUCAUUAUUGUAAGACAUUUUGAGUUACUUUUGCAUUAAAAAAUGACUAAUAAGCUUAGUUAAUAGUAAUUUUCUUGCCCAUGCUUCCUUCCUUCCCCGCUUAAACAGCAUUCCCUCCUCAAAAGCGUGUGGGCCUUUUGUGAAUGUUAACCGUUCGUGGGAUGUCAUAGAACAUACGGCGCAUCAUUUUCCACCAGUAUUGCAGAAGGUUCUGAAUGGCAUUGUAUCGGAAGCAUUUGCAGUGCCUUUCUUUAUGGUUGUCUGGUAAGCACUGGCCAGGCUGGCCUUGAUCUCUUCCAUGUUGUUCUUCAGUGUUGUCUGGGGUCAAUAGAAAAAUGUUCCCAGUACACAGCUAUUGGAUCAUGUUCCAAUGUAAAUGUACCAGAUUAUUUUUGCGGGGGGGGCGGGGCGGGGAUGCUGAGCACUGCUAUGCAGAAGCAACCAUUGGCUAUUUAGUUGAAACAGUUCAUACUGCUGGUGUUUCUGUAAGUAUGAUAUCCAUAUGAUAUUGUAAAAAUAGAAAAAGAUCUACUGUAUCUUAAUAAUGUGUCCAACUGCCACCCUUUCCCCCUCUAACUGACAAUCGCUUAGCACUAUAUAGAGCAGUGUUUUUGUAGCUGGUAUUCUUACAUUGUGCAUGAUACCACAGUUGUGUGCUGGAAACACUAUUUUAUUAAUGUCACUGCUGUUCCAUUGUUUAUUUAAAGGAUUUUUGCCCUGCUCUUCAGCGGCAAAGGCUCCGAGAGCAGCUUAUAGUUCAAUAAUAAAAAAAAGGCCAUUCCCCUUCUCAAGCUUAGAAUACUGGUCACUUGUUUAGCUUCAGUUGCUGAGGUCACCAUUGGCAGGCAUCUGCUGUGGAGAAAGCAGCGUGGACAGUGUUGCAGCCUUUGCUAGGGUUGAGUGUCCCAUGUACGUUUGAAGCUGCCCUGUACUGGGAGGCCACCGGGCUGACUGGCCCUGUACUGGGAAGGACUAGCUUGGGCAAAAGACUCCUUAGGUUAGGGUUUUCUAAGCAGGGACUAGAUAAGGAUGCAGUAGCCAUGGAUUCCCUACAUUGGUUGGGAGUUGGACUAAAAGACCCUUUGAGAUCCUUUCCAACUCUGAUUCUGUUGUUGAGUUUGAUUGACAUCAGACCUCCAAGGCCUCCAGCACUGGUCCCCUUUCCCACCCCUGCUGCCUUUUAGAUCCUUACAUGCAGCCCCAAUUAUAGCAGUCUUUUGACACAGCAAUGCCUCUCUUCUUGUGGAUUUCAUUGUUCAAAUACUAAGAAGAAUGUAGUUGAUGUAGCGCUCACGCCUUGGAUGCAGAUGGUCCCAGGUUCAGUCCUUGGUAUCUCCAGUUCAAAAGGUUGGGUGGCAGCUGACAGGAAAGACCCCCUGCAUGAAGGCCUGGAGAGCAGCUGCCAAGUCAAAGACGACAACACUGAGUUAGAUGGGCAAAGAGCUUGAGCUCGUAUAGGGCAGCUUCCUGUAUAAAUGCAGAAAAAGGUCAUUGGUUAGUUAAUAUGUUUAUGGCCCUAAACAUCCAUGAUAAACAUUAAAUUGCUAUUGGAGACAGAUUACUGGGCUUGAGGAACUCUUCAUCUGUCUUGUUGAAGUUGUUCCUGCAUUUGGUAGCUUGGGAAUCCUUACUAUUAUAUCAUAUGUAUCUCAAUCUUCUGGAUGCUGUUUUACAAAACUUGGGCCUGCAUCAGUAUUAAACUGUCCUGAUGUUUGUGUUUCUCCCUUGUUUUACAGCCUUAUUAUGUUUUAUUUCAUUGCCUUGGCUGGAGCACAUAAACGAGUUGUCAAUCAACUCAGGGAACAAUUAGUUAUGGUAAGUUUAAAUCAGUGCUUCAUCUCCCCUCCCCAAAUACUGCAUGCACAAGUUGUCCUGACAGUCCAAUGUAUGAUGAGAGCCAUCUUUUUGUUUUAACCUGCUAAAUAUUUGUUGUGGGAUCAUAGGACAUGAUGUCAAAUUAAUACCUUGGACAGAUUACUCACAUGGGAUGUCAACCAAGGCCGUCGCUUUGUGUAAUUAACUCCUAGGCCCCACUGUCAUUCAGUGAACUCUGCAAGAGUUUGGCAGGGUUGCUUUUCCCCCCUGUGUGUUUUACAUAUUUUGCCUCUUUAAAAUGGUGCACUGUGUUUUUGUUUUAGCUUCAAUCUUGAUGGCUAGAAAUACGUUUCUGGGCUUCAGAGAGUGCUACAAGCUGCAACCCAUGGAGUCCAAGGCUUACACCAGCCUUUGCCAACCUGGUGCCCUCCAGAUGUUGGACUACAACUCCCAUUAGCUGUCCUGGUGAGGGCUGAUAGGAGCUGUAGUCCCAGCAUUUGGAGGGCACUAGGCUGGAUUAGCCUGUGGCAUUAUUAUGGAGCAAGUAUCUGAACACAGUCUUCUCUGGGCUUCAGUAAGGCAGGAAAUCAUAAUGAAUGGAGUAGAAACUGAAGUCUGGCCACACUCUAAGGAGUAACAGGCUGAAGAGUGGCAGCAGGAAUUUUGAGGGAAGUGGAAGGUUGUCCUUGACCAACUGACCUCCGGGAAGAUGUCACCCAAAGUUUCUGCCAGUUUGCAUGUUGCAGAGUAAAGAGCUGCAGUACACAGUUUUUAAAAAAAUGAAAAUAUAUACAUGCAUUUCUUUAUUCAGAGCCAACUGCUGUUCAGUCACUGUGCUUUUGCUUAGGUUAAGGGUAGGGAUGUUCUUGGAUGCCAGCUCCCAUUGGCCCCAGCCAGCAUGAUCAAUGGCAUAGGUAGGCAAACUAAGGCCCGGGGGCCGGAUCCGGCCCAAUUGCCUUCUAAAUCCGGCCCACAGACGGUCCAGGAAUCAGCGUGUUUUUACAUGAGUAGAAUGUGUCCUUUUAUUUAAAAUGCAUCUCUGGGUUAUUUGUGGGGCCUGCCUGGUGUUUUUACAUGAACAGAAUGUGUCCUUUUAUUUAAAAUGCAUCUCUGGGUUAUUUGUGGGGCUUGGGAAUUCGUUCAUUCCCCCCCCCCCAAAAAAAAAUAGUCCGGCUCCCCACAAGGUCUGAGGGACAGUGGAUUAGCCCCCUGCUGAAAAAGUUUGCUGACCCCUGAUCAGUGGUCAGGGAUGAUGAGUUCAGUAAUAUCUGGAGAGGCCAUAGGCUCCCCACUCUAGUUUAGAUCUUGCUUGGUAGAGGAAUUGCACUUUAUAUUGAAGAACUUUAAAUACUCUGUUUAUUGUAUUCCCCACCCCACCACCCAAUUACUGCCUUAGGAGAGUCGUGACAAGCUCUUCCUGAUCAGGAAGCUAACUGAAGCUCAGAGACUUAGCUGAGGUGCUUUUUCAUGCCACUGCCUUUGGAGUCGUUUUUUUGGAGCUACUGUUUAGGGGAUGCUAAAAAGAGAAGAAAUCUAGUGCCUUGAGCCAAGUGACUUGGAACUUCAUCCUUGGACCAGUUUAACUUGCAGUAGAUGUGGGCCUCCUGCAGCUGUUCCAAUAUCUGUGUCCGGAUACGGGGCUGGUGUGCAUAAGUGAGUUGUUGAUCAACUCAGGGAGCCAUUUAUCAUGUUGACCUGUUAGGCUUUUCAUUGAGCAUGCACCCCGUUUAUACAGGAUUUCUGUAUUUCUGUUUGUGCAGAAUUGACUCUUAAAAAUCGUGCUCAGAAUCUCUACCAUUGUAGAGGUCUUUGUGAGGUUGUAUCUUUAUUUUCAAUGUUUACACUUUAAGCCUCUGUUUUUCCUGCGUGUUUUAAAACUGUUGUGAACUGCCUUCCCUGUCCUGACCAGGAAGCUCUUUGUAAAGGGUUCUCAGUGUUGUUUUCAAUGCCAUUCCUUUUUUUAUUAAAAAAAAUAAUCAACUUUUAUUUAUCAGUUUUACUUAAUAACAUGUAAGUACAUCAUUCCUGAUGGUAACUGCCUGGGUCUGUGCUGGUUCAGUCAUAUAGCAGAGUGUAUGCAGAGAAAUGUAGUCCUUCUAAUCUUCUUUGAUGGAGAGGCUUGGUUGAUUACCUGUCCAGAACUUGGUAUGUGCUUGAGGAAGGGAAGAUACAUUACCUGUCUUCAAGUACAACCCCCCCCCCAAAAAAAAAUGUUAGGGCGAUUAUCUCUGCUGCCCCAAAUCUUCCUGAAGACUUGGCUGGGUAUAAACUAGGCAUGUAUUGUGCUUCAACCCAGAAUCUGACUUCUGUUGAUUUACUCUGCCAGAUGGUUGGAUUUUGCAUACUAGAUAAGAACGGCUUUGUGCUGAAGCCUAUAUACAUGCCCCAACUAUAUACUUUCUUUCGUUUUAAUUGCUGCUUUAGGAGAGCUGUGACAAACUCUUCCUAAUCAAAAAGCCAAUGGAACCUCAGAGGCAUAGCUGUGAAGCUCUGCCCAUAGGUGCCCAUGGUUCAUGCGGUCCAUGGCCAUCUAUAGAAACCACUUAAAUCCAGGGUUGGAAAGUUGUGGUCCUCCAGAUGUUGUUAAGACUACAGCUCCCAACAUCCCUGGCUGUUGGUCUUGCUGCGUGGGGCUGAUGGGAAUUGGAGUCCAACAUCUGGAAGGCCACAGGUUCCUUACUCCUUCUGUAUUCACUGGGUAUAAAUAUAAGCGGCAGGGGACAGGAAAAUGCUGAUAGCAUUAUGCUUCAAAACGAACGUGUAGAUGCUCAAGUCAUUAAGUUGAAACAAAAAGAUUUUUUUGGAAUGAGAUGGGGGUGGAAGAAAGGAUAUAUUGAGGUAGGUUUGCAACUAUAUAGUUACUCAGAAUCCUCAGAAACCUUGGUUUUUCAAAUUGUAGAAGGGUCAGACUAUCAGGUAACAGCCAGAUCCUUGGCUGGAGUUAAUUGCUGUGUUGAAAUAGAAGCCAAGGGUUUGCUCAUCUUUGGCCCUUAUUAAGUAGCCAUGUUUUCUCACUCUAUUUCCAUUUUGGAUAAGCAUUAAUUGUUGCAUUAAAUGGCACACUUCAGAGGUACUUAAAAACAAACAAAGAAAUAUUAUAAAAAUGUUAAUGUAUAUAUUAAUUAAUGCUAAUAAAUAUAUUGCAGCUGCUU